AUGUAUAAAAAUAAUAGUUAUAUAAAUAUACCAGAAUAUGUAACAUCAUUGAUUAUAGAGUAUUCAUUUGUUGAUAGAUCAUAUUAUUGGAGAUGGAGACUUGCUUUGAAUACUUUAUCAUGGCGUUACUUCAAUUUGAUCAAAGUACUUUAUAACAAGUUAUUACUAAACUCUGUUAUGAUAUAUGAUCAUAUCACAUCGGAUUACUUAUCAAUGACACCUAGACAUAUAUAUACAUCAUUGAUCGAUCUGAACAAACUACUCAAAGAUACAAGAGUGAUGCCUCUGCUCAUCUCACCAAACACACCGCUCACCUCCAACAACAUACAAUCACUAGUGAUUGAGGAGCGCGGCUCACCAUUCUCAAUGGUUGGAUCAGUGGACAUAAAGAACUUUGUGGAACAUCUCUCUUCACUGCGGCGAUUCACCUUUGAAAGCUCACAUACUACUAUUCACGACAACACUCUAUUGGCCUUGAUGAACAACAAUGCUCCGCUCGAGGAGAUUGAAUACCUGUCUCCACUGCAAGAUGCUAGUCUUGCACUGGCCAGUCUGGUGUCGGCCAGGGCGUCAUCACUCACCAAGUUGGCAUUUGGAAGCACUACGAAACGCGGCGACGACGGGUCCAAUGAGAGGUUCAUCCAGAACAGUCUACUGUCACAGGCCACCCUGUUCACGCGAUUGACAUCACUCAAGAUACAAUGUUACAUCACAGACUCAAGUAUAUUCUUUAUAUCAUUGACCGAUCUUUCAAGCUUGACUUCACUCUCAUUGCUUCAAUGUCAGUUUAAGAAUGAGACGAUGGCCAAGAGGCAGAUGGUCGCAUAUCUCAGCAACAACCAGACGCUCAAGAUACUCAAGACAUCAAUAAUGCUUGACAACUCUAUAACAUCCUCAAUCAACUCUGCUGCGCGUCUAAGAAAGAUACACAUGUCCACAAGCCCAACGACAAAGGCUAAUCAAACAUUAUACAUUCAGUUGGAAACAAGUGUUCAAAGUCUAAAGAUCACAUCUAUGAUGCUAUCGGACACUUUUCAACUUGACAUCUCUACAGACAUUCGUUUCAAUCAGUUUCGCGAGUUGACUAUCAACCUUGUUGGACAACAAGGUCUCAGCUGCUAUGAAGACAGUCUGGCGCACUAUCUCGAGAACAAUUCCAGCUGUCGCCGCUUAACGUGUCAGUAUUCAAAGCGUAUAAUAUCAUCACUGCGUAACAACAAAUCAAUUGAGAGCAUUACCUUGCAUUAUCGAGGUAUAAACAAUGACAUGCCAUUGACAACUGCACUGUUGGCACUCAAUGAUAAUCAAACAAUAUUGGAAAUAAUACUGGAUUCUGGUACCAUUGACCUCAAAACAUUACAACUACCAGACAUUGUUGGCCAACUCCAUAUGACCAACGCAUCCAUGGACAAUGGUCAACGAAGGAUCCAUUUC